GGCGCGCCUCCUUCGUGGCGCCGUGCUGUGCGGCCGGGCCGGGAGGAGGCGGGAGCCCGAGUCCCAGCGCGGGGAGCGAGAGCUAAUGGCGGCGCCUGCGCCCAGGGGCCCCGGAGCCGCCGCCUCGGCCGCCCUGGACGAGCUGUCCCGGAACCUCACGUACGGGGCGCUGGGCGCCGGCAAUGGCUCCCUGUCGGGCGCUUGGUACCGCCGGAACCAGAUUCACCUUUUUGGAGUUUUGCUGGCCAUUUUAGGAAACUUGGUAAUCAGCGUUUCCCUAAAUAUUCAGAAAUAUUCGCAUCUUCAGUUGGCGCACCAAGAACACCCAAGGCCACACUUCAAGAGCGUGCUGUGGUGGAGCGGCAUCAUACUGAUGGCUGUGGGAGAGACAGGAAACUUUGCAGCCUAUGGAUUUGCCCCCAUUACUCUCAUUGCUCCAUUAGGCUGUAUGUCUGUUACAGGUAGCGCCAUUAUUUCUGUUAUGUUUCUGAAAGAAAAUUUGAGAGCCUCAGAUUUACUAGGUAUGACACUGGCAUUUGCAGGAACAUAUUUAUUGGUGAACUUUGCUCCAAAUAUAACUCAGGAUAUCUCUGCAAGAACAGUACAGUAUUCCUUUGUUGGCUGGCAGUUCAUGACCUACGGGAUUUUAGAAAUACUCAUUUUCUGCAUUCUCCUAUAUUUCCAUAAAAGGAAAGGAAUGAAACACAUUGUGAUUCUGCUAACCCUCGUGGCACUUCUAGCCUCAUUGACUGUUAUUUCAGUAAAAGCCGUCUCAGGCAUGAUCGCUUUUUCUGUGGCGGAUAAAAUGCAACUAACUUAUCCCAUCUUCUAUAUCAUGUUUAUCAUCAUGAUAGCAUCCUGUGUUUUCCAAGUCAAGCUCCUGAAUCAAGCCACAAAACUCUACAAUACAGCGACGGUGGUGCCCAUUAACCAUACUUUCUUUACCAUCAGUGCCAUUAUUGCAGGUAUCAUAUUUUAUAAGGAAUUCCUUGGUGCAACUUUUCUCACUAUAUUUAUAUAUCUUUUUGGGUGUUUUCUGUCAUUCCUUGGUGUGGUUUUGGUCACAAGAAAUCGAGGAAAGGAACGUCUGCCACAGUCUUACAUUGAUAUUGGACAUGUCCCUGGGAAACAAACAUUGGACAAAAUACAGCCAGAUUCAAACGGCUUAUCCUAUGGAACUUUGCCUGAUGGAAGUGACUCCACAAAGAGCCCGAGUGGAGAGAAGAAAGAGGUCUGAAGUGCCGAGAGGGAUGGCUGCUGGCCUGUUAUUCGAUACCACCUUUUAAAAAAUUGCACAUGUUCAAUUUGUGUCAGCAGCUAUUUUAUGCUGACAUGUGCUCCCAUUUGUUUCAGAGUCCUUUACCCCACCUCCAUGUCUACGGACUAUCAGGGCCUUCCUAAGCUUUGACAGUCUAAUGUGUGCAUGGAAUGUGAUUUGAAGUGUUCCCCACACCCUGGACCUCUCCCUAGUGAUCAUCGAACUGGCUAGAUCUUAAUUAGAGCCUGGCUGCCCAAGCAGGAAUGUCACACAAAAAUGUGCGUUCACGAGUUGGCUGCAGAACACAUCGGUUGCUUUUCCCAUACAGCUUGCAAGGUCGGUUGCUUUGUUUUAAAGGGACACUUUAGCCCCACCACCUCGCUCCUAAACCAAAGGUUUGAGAGCGUUCAUUUUUCCUAAGACAUCUUUUAUGAACCUCCCCAAAAACAUUUCACCUUCCUAUUCCCAAAUUGAGUGGUGAAUCAUCUUUUCUGAAAACUAGCCCUAUCACAAAUAUUCUUUGAAAAUUAAGGGUGUCUUUAAAUUAGAAUUUAUACCCCAUUCUAUGAUGGGGUAUACCAAAAUCAAAAGACCUUGACUGGUGGACUUUUUUAAGCUUAAGAAAGGAAAAAUUUAAGAAUUAGUACCAAUUUUUUAAAUAAAAAUGUAAUAGAAUGGUGACGUUUUCUUCAGCUGUACGAUCCUAUUAUACUUGAAUUGAAACUGAAGACAAACUUCAUAUAGUAUGCCUUUAUUUGUUGAGAUCUUAUAAUUUAUCAAGUGGGUUUUUAUGUUUUAACUUUUAACACGUCUCAAAGAUCAUAUUUAAGUUCUUAGUGAUAUUUUCACUAACACUCUGUUUCUUCCUCAAGGCAUUACUUCAAGCUUUAGAAUAAAAUUCUUCUAGGUAAAAGAACAGUUACGAUUAGAGAACUGGAUUUCAGCCUUUUCAAAUCUGUAGACAUAGAACACAACCAAGGAGUCCAACCUAAGUCAAGGGAGGAAACCCAGGUGCUGCCAUGCCCUGAAUGGCUCUUCCGCUGCCAUAGUGACAUAGCUACUAAGAUACAUUUGCAGGUAGAGUCCAUAAUCAUAUCUGUUAUUAUUUAUGAUCUCCUACUAUUUAAAUGAGAAGAAAAGAGCUAGCUUUCAUUAUCACCAACACCAAAUAAUAAGCCCCAUCCUUAAUGACAUUUCAAAACCUUCAGAUCACUUCUGACAGGCCAGUCCAAUACUAUUCCAGCUAACUGUCUUGCAUUUGUUUGGUUGUUCAACUCAGAACUAUUGAAACUAUAGUCUUAACUGCUUUGGGUCUUUUAUCUUUGUUCUUUGUCAUGACCUGCAUUCCUGACCAGACCAACCAAACUGGCCCACAAAGGUGAGAUUCAAAUCCAUCAGCAAUGUAUGAAUAAUAACCUAGAGCCCAUGUCUGGCUUUUGAACUCCUGGUAACAAUUCCUGCCAUUGUGGAAAGUAUCCCAUUAAUUCAAAUAACACAGUCAUAUAAUUUAUGGCAUGUUUUACUGAACUUGGUCCAACAUGCUGGCAUUGGAAGGCUCAGCUAAGAAAUGUGUCUGGUGUCUUAAACUACAGAUUUCUGGUGACUCUUAAAACUGGUUUCAAAGAUUUGGGAAAUAAUUAGACAGAAGAGUUUUACUUGAAGUGGGACGAUAUUUAUAGCUAUAGCACGUGGUUUUGCACGUUGUAGAGUUUUGCACGGAGACAAGCAUAAUGCCAAUACUUUAGCGGUCGCCAGCAUUUGCAUCUUUUAAAAGUUGUAAGAAAUGACGUUGACAUGCACAUUUGCACAAUCCAGCAAUGCUUCAGGAGUUUAGGUGACACAGAAAAUAUAUUCAGACCUAAUUUUACUUUCCAUAUCGCGUCUCCAAAGUAAGGUGAAUAGGAGAUUUACUUGCACUGACUUGUAAAGAUUUUUUAAGUUACACACUGCACGACAACAACCAGAGCCAACCCUGUCCUCCUCUUGGCAUUGUGAGUCGGGGACCUUUAGCCAACACUUGACUCAUCUGACUGUCUAGACCAGGGGGUCUGCAAACUCUUCCUGUAACGACACAGAGAGUAAAUAUUUUGGGGUUUGUUGGCCAUACAAUGUCUGUGGCAACCACUCAACUCUGCCAUUG